GGCUAGAUAGAUAGAUUCCCCUCGUCCUAAGCCCGUAUUGAGAAUAAUAACAGGAAUAAUGGCAAUUGUGACGAUAAUAAUAUACAGAAUCAGGGGAGGAAACGCCCCCCCACAAUGUACAGUAUUAAGACAUGUCCUCCGAACAUCACUCUCCUCUACCUGGACACGGACUCUCUACUGUAUUGUACUGUCCUCUAUUGUACCGUGGGGUGGGGGGGUUCGGAUAAACCGUGGAACCAGCAUAUAGGACACAGUACAGUCCAAGGACCAAGGUACUUGAUGUAUGGAUGAGUGACCCAGUGUAAGUAGUGUAUCUAGCAGUGUAAGUUACCGCGGUGAGUAAGGUGUGUGGGCUGGUAACACUACACGGAGUUCACUGGGAGUCGCUUCGGAGAACACAGUGUCUGAUGAAAUAAAUAAAUAAAUAAAUGUAAAGGUACUUCGGCUGACUCGAUAGAGUAAAAAUGACCGUGCGCCAUAAAUGGUAGUAAAUCACUGUAAGUCACGCUGGAAAAAAAUUGUCGGAUAAAUGAGUAGAGGGUAAAAACAGUGUGAAACGGUGCCCCCCAGCCCAGGGCUGAAGCCCCCAUGCACACGCGCUGCACGUGCUGGAUGACCUCCGCCAGGUGGCGCCGCAGAGCCGUCAGGGGGCUCUUUCUUCACCCGCUCCUCUGUGGUGCGCGAGGCCGCAGUUGUCAGGGCGAUGGCGUCCCGUGAGCGCGAGAACGCGAGCGGCGCGCGCCUUGGCAGCGAUACAGAGUAGCCGCUGCAGGCCGUGGCGAUACCGGGUCGGUCCCGGGGUCUCAGCUCGCGCGCCACCACAACUCUGCGUGCGUGCGCACAGCGGCUCGAGCCGCAGCGUAAACAAGAAGAAGAAGCCCCGUGCGCGCGCGCCGACCCGCUCGCUCUCGGUAGCCGCGCGCGCCGCUGUAUUUCAGCGAUCAGCCUGGACUCGGGUUUCCACGCGCAACAGACAGUCUCGUGCGGAAAUGAUGGAAGCGCAGCAGAGCGUGCCGGAGGAGAGCGCGCACCCGGUCCCCGCGCCGCCGCGCCGCGAGCGCGUGUUCCUGCAAAAGAGCAGCGUGUGCUCGCGCUCCUACUUCAUGGUGGUCAUGGUCUUCUUCCACGUCUACAUCAUCAACGUGAUCGCGCUGCUGCUCUACGUGCACUACAACAACGGCCAGGGGGAGCUCGGGGGGGCGCGCGGCGGGGAGAACAGCGGCCGAGCGCCCUUCGACCCGCCCCCUCACCAGGGCCCGGAGCCGAGGUCGAGGUCCGAGCGGCUCAUGUACCUGCCGCGCAUCGAGGGCAUCCGGGUGGGCCACGUCCAGAAGGUGUCGCUGGUGCCCGACCGGCUCCACGAGAUGCGCACCCUGAGCCUGAAGCCCCUGCUCUUCGAGAUCCCCGGCUUCCUGUCUGAGGAGGAGUGUCGCCUCGUGGUGCAACUGGCCCAGCUGAAGGGCCUCACCGAGAGCCAGGUGAUGGUGCCUGAGGGCCAGGAGGAGCUCGCCGAGCAGUUGGACCUCAGUCCUGAGGAGAUCUUCAACCUGCUGGACCUCAACCAGGAUGGGCAGUUGCAGCUCCAGGAGAUCCUGACCCAGUCACGCGUGCGGGACGGCAUCUGGCUCACGCCAGAGAACCUGCGGGAGAUCUACACUGGACUCAAAGCCGACCCGGACGGGGAUGGUCUGUUGAGUCUCGCCGAGUUCAAGCAGCUGAGCUCCAACGCCUUCCAGCGCUUCCUGCAGCAGCGUGGAGUACAGAGCAGCCAGCUGGUGCGCAACAGCCGCCACACGUGGCUGUACCAGGGCGAGGGUGCACACCACGUGCUGCGUGAGCUCCAGAAGAGGGUGACUCGUCUGACCCGGCUGCCCCCCCAGCUGGUGGAGCUGAGCGAGCCGCUGCAGGUGGUUCGUUACGAGCAGGGGGGGCACUACCACGCCCACCACGACAGUGGACCCGUGUACCCCGAGACAGCCUGCACACACACCCGCCUGGCAGCCAACUCCUCCACCCCCUUUGAGACAUCGUGCCGGUACAUCACUGUGCUGUUCUACCUGAACUCCGUGGAGGGAGGGGGCGAGACCACUUUCCCCGUGGCUGACAACAGGACCUAUGAGGAGAUGUCCCUCAUUCAGAAUGAUGUGGACCUGCUGGACACGAGGAAGAACUGCGACAAGGGCAACCUGCGCGUGACGCCCACCAAAGGGACAGCGGUGCUCUGGUACAACUACCUAUCGGACGGCAAAGGCUGGGUGGGCGAGCUCGACGAGUACUCGCUGCACGGCGGCUGUGUGGUGACCCGCGGCACCAAAUGGAUCGCCAACAACUGGAUCAACGUGGACCCGGACUACGAACGCCAGGUGCGCUACCAGCAGCUGGUGUCUCAGGCGCACAGCACCGCGAGUGAGCGCAGCAAGCCGAAUGCCGACCCGCAUGGCGACGCCCACCAGGACCUGUAGCAUGAAGGACACCUUCCUCCCAUCAGCCGUCGACCAAAGGAAGUGCCGUCGUAGAAGUCCCCGGGGGGCGUGUGCGUCUCGUGGGCGCUCAGGGAAUUUGUCUCACGCACCAGAGCUGCUCUGUGGCGCAUUCUUAAGGUUUCGCUCCAGCAUUUUCCACACCCUGCUCGUUUGGCCCACCUACCGCCAGUGUCCACGGCCACGCGCACACCAGUCCCCCGCAGAGUUUUGCAGCUGAUGCUUUAAAGGAAGCAUGUUUAACGCGCCGCUUGGUGCGAAUCUUUACGCUUUUGCUGCAGACGUCGUGUUCCUUCCACCCGCAGGGGGCGCCACCGCUUCCUCUGACGGUGAUGAUGACAGUAGAACCCUUGGGGCAGGGAUAAGGCGGCCUGGUCCUCGAUCGCAGGAUACCGUGUUUCUUCACUUCCAUCCCCCAUCUCUAAAUUUUCGUAAUAGUUAUGCCACCCUGAUGCACGUGAGCAGUGUUUUCCAGGUACUUCUGCCCCUCUUCACCUGUACAGUGAAACAGGGUGUAAAACAUGGUGUAAAUUACAGUCGAGGACCAGCAGGGGACACGUGUGACAUCACUCCACCGUGCCACCUGUGGGCCAGGACUGCAUCCCCAUCUCUCCAAAGUGGCAGAAAUACGGUAAUAAAGUAAACAACAAUAACAAUAAAUACUGUGCAAGUGCUGGCUGGAUGACAGAAGAUUCAGGGAAAAAUGGCUUUGAGUUUAUGCAAAUGUAAAAUAAUCAUCAGUACUGUUCCUGUCCAUGUCUCUUUCCCCUCCGGCGAGCUCCGGUCCUUUGUUUAAUUCCUGCAUUGUGUGCGUGCGCUCCUCAUGGGGCUUCAGCACAGUCGCAGGGCAGGGCAGCGAGAGUGGGCCCCCGGCAUCCUCCCCUCGCUCAUGUCCUUCGCAGCGCUUGAGCUCCUCCACAUGCGUUUCCUCUGUGUUCCCAUGUCCAGCAGCAGUAGUGAUGUCCGCAUCCGUGUCUCAGGCGUCCACAAUCCCUCAAACUGUGAGGCAUGUUCUGUUCUUACCUCUGCAGUGUUCAUCUUGCUGUGCUUCAGCACUCGUUUAAUUUAUUCUGAUCACAGGUUCAAGGCUUUUUUCAGAUGAUCACCUGCACCCAAAAACAUACCCCCUGCUAUUUAUUAAAAUACACAGAACAUAUUUAUUUUAUUUAUGUAUUUAUUUUCCGCUUCCUUUGUGUGGAAUUUAAAUUGCACAGAUUCACUUUCCUUAUUUAAAGAUGUUGUAAUUAAAAU